AUGGCUCAAAGAGAUGAACGCGAAGGCCUGAGCCCUUCCCCCGCCAAUAUCCUGGACAUCUUCACCGGAGACGAGGAUGAUGAUGAUGACAUUGACAGUUUCCACCCUACUGAAGAACAGAGCACCGAUGCCAGCCAGCAGGACGAAGAUGAUAGUGAUGCAGACUUUGCUGAUGCGCAUGAGAGUCUCAAUGGUAUUGAGAUCGUGCUGGAGACCGGUGAUGAUGAUGAUUACGAGGAUGAGGAUGGCGAGCAAACGGAGACCGAGAACACUGGACUGGCUGCUCACGGUUUAUUGACCACUGCCGACAUUCGUGGCCUUCUCAACGCCAGCGCUCCUCUGCGGCAAUUAAUUCUCUCCCGCUACCGACUCCUCGGUCCGAAUGGCCGUGAUCUCUUCGGCGACGACGAUGACGACGAUUACGAACCCGGCUAUGGCGGUUUCAGCGCUCGGCGCCGACGACGAGGCCGUCCCAAGCCUGCGCCUGACAGAUUUCCCAAGGUACCCAGCGACGCCGGCCGGGCACUUAUGAACAGUGGGAUAUAUGGGAGUAAAGAUUCACAUAUAGAUACUCUCCGCAAGCGGAAACAGACAAUCAGCGAACGCUUACUUUGGCGACGACUCGGCCUGGAUGCCAGAAGCAGCAUGCGUAAGCAGAACAGGCUGAUUGCGCAGAACAGCGUCCCUGCGAGCUCGGUAGCAGACAAGAUCAUUCACUACGAUAGCCGGGCGUAUAGCGGUCAGUUCUCAGACGACGGCAAUUUCUUCUUCAGUUGUACCCAGAACUUCAAGGUCAGGAUGUACGACACCAGCAACCCCUACGAGUGGAAGUACUAUAAGACGGUGGAUUAUCCGUUCGGUCAAUGGACAAUCACAGACGCCACACUCUCUCCGGAUAACAAGUGGCUGGCGUACAGCAGUAUUCGGCACACAGUGUGCCUUGCGCCAACAGACCCAACAGAUCAUUCUGAGCACACACUGCUGGAUUUCACAAACUUCGCCCCCGGUGCCGGCCUCGGCCGCUCGACAUACGGUUAUAUGGGCCGACACGGCUUCGGCAUCUGGUCUCUGCGCUUUAGCGGCGACGGACGAGAGAUCGUCGCAGGUACAAGUGACCACAGCGUUGUGGUUUACGACAUUGAACGCCGCCAGAGCACCGUCCGCCUGACAAACCAUGAAGACGACGUCAAUGCGGUAUGCUUUGGCGACAAGUCGUCGCCACACAUCCUUUACAGCGGCAGUGAUGAUCAGACGCUGCGAGUAUGGGAUCGACGGUCUAUGGCGGAUGGACGGCCCGCAGGUAUAUUUGUCGGACACACGGAGGGUCUGACAUAUGUCGAUUCCAAGGGUGACGGACGGUAUGUUUUAUCUAACGGCAAAGACCAGAUGAUGAAGCUGUGGGAUUUGCGACGAAUGAUUUCGCCCAACGACUUCCAGAAUAUCGCCAUGCACAAUUACACGACGAAUUUCGACUAUCGAUUCAGUCCGUACGACGAAGACGACUAUGUGCCAAACCCGCACGACUGCUCCGUCGUGACGUUCAGAGGACACAGCGUGCUCAAGACCUUGAUACGGUGUCACUUCAGCCCGCCGGGAAGUUCCAACAGUAGAUACGUGUACUCAGGGUCUGAGGAUGGCAAGGUGUAUAUCUGGAACAUGGACGGGACGCGCAAGGCGACCAUUGACGUGUUUGCCGCUACCAAGUUUGCGCGGUCACGCACCGACGGCGGCGAUGGGUACGGGUACGAGUUGCACGGGCACCACAACAGCGUGUGGAAGACGUGUGUGCGAGACGCGAGCUGGAGCCCGACGGCCCCGGUGCUAGCUGCCACGAGCUGGAACGGCUGGGGCAUGGCGACUGGCACAGUCAGUUUGCAUUGCUGGAACGACGGGGCCGAGGACGACGAGGCGAAGCCAGCCAUGGGCAGCAACUACAACGCACGACUGGAUCCUAGGGAAGAUUUCGACGCUGCGGCGAGGAAGGCCCGAAACGUCGACAAGUACACGCGGAGUAGAGCGGAGGGAAGAGGGUUGCGGAGUAGCGUGGUCAGACCGCACAGGUAUGGCGAGGAUGACGACGACGACGACGAGGGAGGUGGUGGAGGUGGACUCUGGUGA